UGCUGUGAACCGUUCAUUGUUCCGGCGAGGCAGCGUGUACGGAGAAGCACAGCACUUUCUCUGGAACUGACUCCUCAGGCGGGUCUCUUCUCUGGCGUUGUCGCGAUAUUCAUCAUUGAUAGCUACAAGACGUUGAACCCGGACUCAGGCGGCCAGACCGUCGCGCUGCUCACCCAGAUCUCGCUUCAGCUCGCGAACAUGCAAAACGGCACGGCAGCGACAUACGAACCACAGUCGCUCUGA